CGUUACUCAUUACUACGUAGAGGGUGUUUCUCCAGUUCUGACGUAGCCCUACUCUAUAGUAUAUAAAGUGAAACGACAAGAACAUUUCAUUGUAAACAUACACAAGACUAAUAUAACGGACCAUAUCUCACUUAAGAUUCCAUAAACAACUUAAAAUCCAAAACGAGAUAAAUUUCAACAAUGGCUCUUCAAAGAAAAGUUCCUAAGAAAGUAACUGAUAUUUUUGAUCGCUAUAUACACGAUCAAGUUAGAACAUUACAUAGAGGAGAGGCGGUGGAUAUGUUAAUGAGAGAAUUCGAUUUGGAAAAAGAUAAAGCAGAGAUUAUGUUUGACACUUUUGACAAAGAUAAAAAUGGUUUAAUGAGUAUCUGGGAAUUCCACAAGUUCUAUGAAUGUGCUGGAGAGAGUGCGCACGAUAUAGUAGAGAAGUUUAAAGAAAUGGAUAAAGAUGGCAGCGGCAUGUUGGAAUAUGAAGAGGCAGUUGAAGCUUUAAAGUCAUUAAAAACAGCCACUGGACGAAAUCUUGAGGAACUUGAGAUCGAAUUCUUUAUGAAAACCAUGGGCGUGGAAAAUGGUAUUAUUAAUUUGGGCGACUUCACCAAUCUCUUACACCGCUUGAAACUCUACAAAACGCCAGCCCCUAAAAAGGGUAUGAAACUUAAGUGUUAAAUGGAAAUCACUGAAACGGGACAUUUUCUUCUUUUUUUUUUAAUAAUAAUUAUUUUUAUAUCCUGAUUUGUAAAAGCGGGCUAUGGUGCAAUCCAUCAUCCUACAUAACCAUGGGAAAAUGCUGAUUCACGAAGAUGGGUUCCGUCUUGUAAGGCUAUGCCCUAGCAAAAUAGAAUGACAAAUUUUUAAUGUAUCAUGUAAAUAUUUUUUUUUGUAAAUAUAUUCAUGUUUUUCAUAUCAUUUAUUAUGUUUAAUAUAUUUCUGAUUAUCUUUGACUUUGUGAUAAGCUCGCGACAUAAAUAAAUAAAACAUUUUGUUACUGCGCAUAAUUUUAGACCAUUGUCUUAACAGUUUGAAUGUGUGGUUUUUUGUAGUCGGCUUUGUGGAAUUAUAUCUUGAAAUUAGAACCCUAUUAAAUACUAUAUUAUUAUUAUAAUAAUGCGAAUAAGCAUUUAAUUUGACCAGGGAGAUAAAUCCAAUUGGAACCUGAUAUGAGUAACCUCCCUUAGUUAUAAUUGUUCAUCCGUGAUAACUUGGGAUGAUGGAACUCAAGUUUUAUUUUUAAAUAAAGUUAUAUGGUUGUGCUUGUAUCUUUUAUAUUUAUAUGCUUUUUGUAAUGGUCAUUGUUACUGCUCACAUUGGUACGCUAUCGUGUCAAUUGUUUUAAAACUUUUUUUGUUAUGUUUAUGAUACGUGACUCUGCUGAUCUCUGUUUCUAUAUAUUUUGUACUAUGUCGAUUAUUACUCAUGCAAUAUCAUAAGCUUCAGUUAUCCGGUAAAAUAAACAGAAAAAAAACCCAUAGAAUUUAAAGUGGUCUUGAAAAUUAUUUUUUUCCAAUACGAAUUGUAUUUUACUGUUGACUUGUUAAAGAUGCACCAUCUAAGAUUUAGACAAAGAACUGGUCCUUCUUACUAUAAUAGUUCCAAAAUAGAAAAUUCAAAAUUAAUAUAUUAAAUAUUUCAUUCAAUUUACUUUAUUCUGAGCUCAUUAUCGCUGUUUGAAGUUUUGACCUAGAUUGUUUAUUAUCGCAGCAACGUUCUUUGUUAAUCGAGACUCGGUCUAGCUUUUCCAUUUUCAAAUUGAAUCAUUAAGUGGCGAUCGUAUUUUAAUCUGUUCAUAUCUUCGUCAUCCGAUGUCCUAGAGAGUUGAUUAUAGGUGAAUAAAGGUCUAAUUUUAUAUUAUUUGAAGUUAAAAUAAAACCUUGUAACAGGCUGAUUUAACUCUUACAUAAUGCAUCUUUAAGGACAAUCUUUAGCAAAUUACAAACCUAUUGCAGUGUAAUAAAACGUAUAGAUUAAGACCCCUACAUAAUAAUGUAUUUGUUUAAAAUGUUUAAUACAGUAUUUAGCUUUUGUUAGGCUUUAUUGUUGCUAAAAUAAUAAUUUUAACUGUAAUUGUAAUAUAACGUAAUACGAUAUCAUGAAAUUAUUAUUAUUCCUUUUUAAUAAACUAUUCCAAACAAUCGAAUUUCAAUGUUCAAUGUACAGUUCUGUUUUAAUAAAAUAAAAACUGAAUAAAAUGUCACAUGAA